UUACUCUACAUCGAGGUUAUCAAUUAUCAACUACAAUGCUUAGAACUGCCACUCUCCAGAAGACCUCCUUGCGCUCUUUAGCCACCUUUGCUUCCCCAGAAGCGGUCUUACCAAAGAAAUACGGUGGUAAGUACACCGUUACUUUGAUUCCAGGUGAUGGUGUCGGUAAGGAAAUCACCGACUCCGUCAAGACCAUCUUUGCCAACCAACGUGUCCCAAUCGAUUGGGAAGUCGUUGAUGUUUCCGGUUUGGAUGACCAUGGUAACGGUGUCACCGCUGCCGUCGAAUCCUUGAAGAGAAACAAGGUUGGUUUGAAGGGGAUCAUCUACACCCCAACCACCUCCACCGGUAAGUCCUUGAACGUUGCCUUGAGAAAGGAAUUGGACAUCUAUGCCUCUCUUGUUCUUAUCAAGAACAUCCCAGGUGUCAAGUCCAGAUUGGGUGGCAUUGACUUUGCCCUUGUCAGAGAAAACACCGAAGGUGAAUACUCUGGUUUGGAACAUCAAUCUUACCCAGGGGUUGUUGAAUCUUUGAAGAUCAUGACCAGAUUCAAGUCUGAAAGAAUCGCCAAGUUUGCCUUUGACUUUGCCAAGAAGAACAACAGAAAGUUGGUCACCGCCAUCCACAAGGCCAACAUCAUGAAGCUUGGUGAUGGUUUGUUCAGACAAACCGUCAAGGACAUUGCCCAAGACUACCCAGGCAUCCAAGUCAAUGACUUGAUUGUUGACAACGCCUCCAUGCAAGCCGUUGCCAAGCCAGAACAAUUCGAUGUUCUUGUCACCCCUAACUUGUACGGUUCCAUCUUGUCCAACAUCGGUGCCGCCUUGAUCGGUGGUCCAGGUUUGGUUCCAGGUGCCAACUUCGGUAGAGAAUACGCCGUUUUCGAACCAGGUUGUCGUCACGUUGGUUUGGACAUCAAGGGCCAAAACACCGCCAACCCAACCGCCAUGAUCUUGUCUGCCACCAUGAUGUUGAGACACUUGGGCUUGAACGAAGAAGCCGACAAGAUCUCCAAGGCCAUCUACGACGUCAUUGCCGAAGGUCAAAUCAGAACCAGAGACAUUGGUGGUUCUUCCUCCACCACUGAGUUCACCGACGCUAUCUUGGCCAAGUUGAACUAG